CUGGCCGGACCCUGGCCGGUCCUCCUCCCAUCCGACCCGCGUUCCCCACCAGGCAGGUGGAGAGACUAGGCCUCGAAGCAGACUCCAGAUCCUGAGUGCUGGGAUCCCCCAGGACGCCCUCUGGCUCUUCAGGAUCGCACCAGCCCCUGGCUCACCUGAGUUCCCUUGAUCCCACCUGGCCUCCGAAAUGUUGCCAUCUCUGUGUCCCCUCCUUCUCCUCCUGGCCCUGGACCUGAGGCUGGCUAGAACACUCAACUCCAAUGAUCCCAAUGCCUGCACCAUCUGGGAAAGCUUCACCACCACCACCAAGGAGUCCCACUCCCGUCCCUUCAGCCUUCUCCCCACGGAGUCCUGCGAAAGGCCCUGGGAGGGCCCUCAGGCCUGCCCCCAGCCCACGGUUGUGUACCGGACUGUGUACCGUCAAGUGGUGAAGAUGGACUACCGCCCACGCCUGCAGUGCUGCCAGGGCUUCUACGAGAGCAGUGGGGCCUGUGUCCCACUCUGUGCCCAGGAGUGUGUCCAUGGCCGCUGUGUGGCACCCAAUGAAUGCCAGUGUGUGCCAGGCUGGCGGGGCACCGACUGCUCCAGUGAGUGUGCCCCAGGAAUGUGGGGGCUGAAGUGUGACAAGCCCUGCCUCUGUGGCAACAGCAGCUCCUGUGACCCCAAGAGCGGAGUGUGUUCUUGCCCUUCGGGCCUGCAGCCUCCAAACUGCCUUCAGUCCUGCUCCCCUGGACAUUAUGGCCCUGCCUGCCAAUUUAGCUGCCAGUGCCAUGGGGCACCCUGUGAUCCCCGGACUGGAGCCUGCUUCUGCCCCCCAGGAAGAACAGGGCCCAGUUGUGAUGUGACCUGUCUACCCAGCACUGAUGGCUUCUUUUGCCCUAGCAUCUCUCCUUGUCAAAAUGGAGGUGUCUUCCUGACCUCCCAAGGCUCCUGCAGCUGCCCUCCGGGCUGGAUGGGCACCAUCUGUUCCCUGCCCUGCCCAGAGGGCUUCUAUGGACCCAACUGUUCCCAGGAAUGUCACUGUCACAACGGUGGCUUCUGUGACAGAUUCUCCGGGCAGUGCCACUGCGCUCCGGGCUACACCGGGGAGAGAUGCCGUGAGGAGUGUCCGGUGGGCCGCUUCGGGCAAGACUGUGCCGAGGUCUGCGACUGCGCCCUGGGCGCCCGCUGCUUCCCUGCCAAUGGCGCGUGUCUGUGCGAACACGGCUUCACCGGAGACCGCUGCACCGAGCGCCUCUGCCCCGACGGCCUCUACGGCCUCAACUGCCAGACGGCCUGCAGCUGCGACCCGGAGCACAGCCUCAGCUGCCACCCGAUGCACGGCGAGUGCUCGUGCCGGCCGGGCUGGGCCGGCCUCCACUGCAACGAGAGCUGCCCUCAGGACACGCACGGGCCCGGCUGCCAGGAGCACUGCCUCUGCCUGCACGGCGGCGUCUGCCUGGCCGACAGCGGCCUCUGCCGGUGCGCGCCCGGCUACACGGGUCCUCACUGCGCUAGCCUCUGUCCCCCCGACACUUACGGGGCCAACUGCUCAGCCCGCUGCUCGUGCGAAAAUGCCAUCGCCUGCUCGCCCAUCGACGGCACGUGUGUCUGCAAGGAAGGUUGGCAGCGUGGUAACUGCUCUGUGCCCUGCCCACCUGGAACCUGGGGCUUCGGUUGCAAUGCCAGCUGCCAGUGUGCCAAUGAGGGAAUCUGUAGUCCCCAAACUGGAGCGUGUUCUUGUACUCCUGGGUGGCAUGGUGCCUACUGCCAGUUACCCUGUCCGAAGGGACAGUUCGGCAAAGAUUGUGCCAGUCACUGUGACUGUGAGCAUGCUGACAGCUGCGAACCUAUUCAUGGACAUUGCCAAUGCCAGGCUGGCUGGAUGGGCACCCGCUGCCACCUGCCCUGCCCUGAGGGAUUCUGGGGAGCCAACUGCAGCAACACCUGUACCUGCAAGAAUGGGGGUACCUGCAUCCCUGAAAAUGGCAACUGCGUGUGUGUACCUGGCUUCCGAGGCCCUUCCUGCCAGAGAUCCUGCCAGCCUGGCCGCUAUGGAAAACGCUGUAUACCCUGCAGAUGCAACAACCACUCCUCCUGCCACCCAUCGAAUGGGACCUGUUAUUGCCUGGCCGGCUGGAUAGGCCCUGACUGCUCCCAACAAUGCCCUUCAGGCCACUGGGGAGCCAAAUGUGCCCAGAUCUGCCAGUGUCACCAUGGUGGGGCCUGCCGCCCCCAGGAUGGGAGCUGUGUCUGCACUCCGGGCUGGACAGGACCCCACUGCAUGGAAGGAUGUCCAUUGGGGAUGUUUGGUGCCAACUGUUCGCAAUCCUGCCAGUGUGGUCCUGGAGAGAAGUGCCACCCAGAGACAGGAGCCUGUGUGUGCCCCCCAGGGCACAGUGGUGCACCCUGCAGGAUUGGAAGCCUGGAGCCCUUCACCAUGAUGCCCACAUCUCCAGUGGCCUAUAACUCGCUGGGAGCAGUGAUUGGCAUUGCAGUGCUGGGGUCCCUUGUGGUGGCCCUGGUAGCAUUGUUUAUUGGUUACCGCCAAUGGCAAAAGGGCAAGGAGCAUCAACAUUUGGCCGUGGCGUACAGCACUGGACGGCUAGAUGGCUCUGAAUAUGUCAUGCCAGAUGUCCCUCCAAGCUACAGUCACUACUACUCCAACCCCAGCUACCACACUCUGUCUCAGUGUUCUCCCAACCCCCCACCCCCUAACAAGGUUCCAGGCAGCCAGCUCUUUGCCAGUGGAGCCCAUGGACAUGACAACCUUGCCACUCUGCCUGCUGACCGGAAGCACCGCCGGGAGCCCCCUCCUGGGCCUCUGGACAGGGGUGGCAGCCUCCCAGACCGCAGCUAUAGCUACAGCCAUAGUAAUGGUCCAGGCCCAUUCUGUAAUAAAGGGCCUGCUUCUAAAGAAGGGCUGGGGGCCAGCAUGGCUUCUCUGAGCAGUGAGAACCCCUAUGCCACCAUCCGGGACCUGCCCAGCCUGCCAGCGGGCCUCCGGGAGAGCAGCUAUGUGGAGAUGAAGGGCCCUCCCUCAGGAUCUCCCCCCAGGCAGCCUCUUCAGCUCCCAGACAGCCUGAGGCGGCAACAGAGAGACAGUGGCACCUAUGAGCAGCCCAGCCCCCUGACCCAUGAUCAAGAUUCUCUGGGCUCCCAGCCCCCGCUUCCUCCAGGCCUCCCCCCUGGCCACUACGACUCACCCAAGAACAGCCAUAUCCCUGCACACUAUGACUUGCCUCCAGUACGGCAUCCUCCAUCACCCCCACGUCAGCUCCAGGACCGUUGAGAAGCCAGGAUGGUAUGGCAGAGGCCAGCCCACCUGACCCUUGCUGCCAAGGCUGAGGACAGAGCCUUGGGUACCCUGCCAGGAGCAGGGAGUGGACUGAAGGCUAUGAACAUGAACAUAUUAAUGAAGAAAGUGAAUGGAGAGAAGGGAUCCUGUCUCCCAGAUUCCACAAGGGAAGACACUGGUUGUAGCGUGCUUGGAUCCCUUUCCGGAACCCACUGCUCUCUGGGGGCCCCUCCGGGUCCUAUGUGCAUAAGCUGGUGUGUUGAACAACUCUGAUUUCAGACUGAUAUUUCUGAAUUGUAUAUUGGGUACCUUUUAUGUGCACGCCAGGCUGGGCUCUGUGCAUGCGCAUGUGUAUAUCUGGUUUCAGAGGGUUACUAGGCACAGGUCCUGCCCUCAGGCACACAGCAUUUAGCCAGGAAUUGGCUGUGGCAGUAAGCCCCUCACUGGCCCCUGGUAUUCCCUUAAUAAGUCCUGCUGCUGCUGCUUCUCAGAAUACAGGGGACUUGGGCUGUUCCCUCAAGUCUUCAUGUCUUCCUGUGUGUACCAAUGCCCCUGGGCCAGUCAAAACGUUCAAAGUUCUCAAAUGCUUGGCUACCUAGCUCAUCUGGGCCUCAUCUUCAGCUUAGAUUGUGUCUCCUGUCACUCUGCUCCAGUCACACUGGCAUCCAGUUGCUGCUGCUAUUACUGCUAUUUGUUACUCCUCUUCCUCCUCCUCCU